AAACAAAAAAGCUAAUUAAUGUCCUUUCAGAAAUGAGCUGAGCGUCACAUGGGAUCCUAUCAUCUUGUUAGGUAAAAGAAAGACCACCCGCCUCCCAUUACUGGAAGCGCAUCACAGGGUCCAGGUUUUCCCAUGCAUCUCAGUCACGAGUUCACAGUGGUCUGACAAGGGUCGUUUUGUCUUGGAGCUAUCCAUGAUUUUCCAAUUAGCCAAAUUGCUGUCACAAGUAUCCUCGGUAUCUGCACAGCCCACCGUAGGAACUAAAGACAGUUCCUGCUGAACCCAAGGUAAUUCACAAGGGACUUUUACAACAGUAAUCACUGUCACACUUUGGGCACUCAAUCAAAGAGGUGGGCAGAGUGAAGCACGGACUAAUGAAAUAUGGAAGGCUUGUCUGCAUAAAAUACAUUUGUCUCAGCGUAUAGUAUGUCCGUGCAAAAAAUUAAGGUAAAAUGAAUUAAACUUAAUAUUCUUAAGUGCUUGCAUACCAGAACUUGUCUUCACUACUGUUUUUCCUCUAAGCAAAAAACAUAUUCAGGAAGUCUAUAUAAAAAACAGUUUGUAACUGACUGCGGUUAAGCCACCAGAAAAUUGCACAGAGGUCAGGCGUUUCGUGGAUGCAAAGAUGCGCAAUAUCUACCCAGUUAAACCUUGAUUCGUCUUCUAACCUUUCCUUCCCACUAGACAUCCUCUCUUUACCAAAUAUGGUAGGAACAGGAAAGGUCUUAACACAAGUGAAAGUGGUGUCCCCUCGAGACCAGUGUGUGUUUAACUAAGGAACUACAGGCUUCCCCCGCUAGAACAACUGAAGAGUGAUCUGACUGAGAACCUAGGAAUGUUUAAAAAAAUAAUAUAGUCAGGAAAGAUGGAGAGCUGUCACCCUUUCUGGUUGCUAUGCUUCCUAGUCUCCCUGUCCGUAGCGAAGGAGACCACAUCCGAGGAAAAGAUUGACCUAGCUGAGUUCAUUAAAAGGAUACUUCACAGAGACAUACCUCGUUUUAUCAACCGAGGACUUCGCUUCGACACAUUCUCAGCGAAGGAGCCUGACGAUUCAGAGGAUUCCGUUCCUAUCUGGACUGAUGAGGAACCAAUAAUCCCGGACACAUUCAACACUGGAACACGUGUAUCUCACCUUCCCGACUACGGUCCCGUAGUUUUGACCAAUGACGGAGUGAUUAAGGGACUUACCGCAGAACACUCACACAUAUUUUAUGGGAUCCCAUACGCGGACCCGCCUGUGGCUGCAUUCCGCUGGAUUCCCCCUAGACCCGUGACGCCGUGGCUGGGGGUGUAUGACGCCACGUACCCCAGGAGUGCUUGUAUGCAAGGCUGCAGCAGUCCCAUAUCUGACGAGUGCCCCCAGAAGGUGAGUGAGGACUGUCUCUACCUCAACGUGUUUGUACCCCGCGAUGUGAACUUCAGUUCCCCUCUACCGAGACCCCUGCCUGUUCUGGUGUGGAUCCACGGGGGGGAUUUCAUCGCUGGCUCGGCAUCAAAGCCCCUGUACGACGGGAGGUUCAUCAGUAACUUCACUCACACUGUGGUGGUGAGCAUUGACUACCGGCUAGGGGCAUUCGGUUUCCUCGUCACUGGAAAAGACCCGAAAACAUCUACGACUGGGAACUAUGGGAUUUUGGAUCAGCAGGCUGCUCUUGUCUGGGUACAACAGAACAUUGCUCUGUUUGGAGGUGACCCCAACAAGGUGACCGUAUUUGGGGAGAGUGCAGGAGCCCAGUCUGUGAGCCUCCACCUCAUGAUGGAGAGCAGUAAGGCUCUGUUCAAACAGGCUGUCCUGCAGAGCCUGCCUUUCUCAAUCCCUCUCAAAACCAGACAUGACGCCCUGAAGCUGGGCAGGGACUUCGCCAAGCAGGCCAACUGCUCUGUUAGCAACAUGGCGUGUCUGCUCUCCCUUAGUCCUGAGGCGGUUCUCGCUGCUCAGAUGAAGUCAAGUUCCAAAGUUGUCAAUCCCUUCAGGUUCCUGGAGGUCUUUGAGACCUGGGGGCCAUACAUUGAUGGAAAGCUGAUCAAGGAGCAGGCUGUCACUGCAUUCCAGAAAGGCCACUGGCAGAAGGAGAAGCCCGUCCUCCUCGGGACCACUUCAGAGGAGGGCAUUAUCUUUGUUAACGGGGUCUUCACCAAGCCUGUGUCGACCAUGGAGAGUAUUGUCUACAUCACGGCCAUAUUCAAACAGCACACAUUCCAGAUCCUCUGGGAGUACCUGCCCCUGUACAAGGACACUGACAAAAGGGGCAUGCUGGCUCAGAUUGUGACAGACUACAUUUUCCUGUGUCCCUCACGCAAGUCCGCGCGAGCGGGCACUGAAGCCGGCAGCUCUGUGUGGAUGUACAUCUUCGACCAUGUGGCGUCUGACCACAGCGUCUGGUCGGGUCAGCCCUCCUGCUACGAGCACGUGUGCCAUGGCGCCGAGCUUCCCUUCCUCUUCGGCGCGGCCUCCGUGGCCAACUUCACGCUGACCACGCCAGAGCGGCUGCUGUCCAAUCGGAUGGUCUGCUACUGGGGCGAGUUCGCCCACGCGGGAGACCCUGCGUCUCGGGUGCAGCAGACCGGGUUCUGCAGACAGCAGCGCACUCCGGCGUGGCCCCGCUACUCAGCCGCUGGUUCCUGGGCACUCAUGAACUUCACCGUGCACUCCCAUUCCCAGGCGGGCACCAGGGACCGUGUCUGUGACUUCUGGGACAAGCUGGGCAUCUAUUAGGGGCACCGGUAUGGAGAGUCCUGGCAGAAGAUUCAGAUUCUGAGUGAUGUAUUUACGUUGACAGAAACAGUGUGGCGUUUCAGUCAGACAUGUAUGUGAUAUUAUGUGGAGGUGGAGAUUACAACAGUCAUAUCAUUUACAGUUUGAAUAAAGUGUUACUCAUGUAGCGUUCAAGGAAGGAAAGAUAAGUAGAUAGGACGUCACCCUUUCGUUCCUGGUGAGUGAAUCAUAUCUCUACCUGUUUCAGAACAAUAGUCUGAUUUUCAUGUACUUUCUCUAAACAUUUCUUGCUACCACCUACUCAGCGUGUCCUAUCAUUUCUUAGGUAGGCACUUUAGAGGACCUUUAACUCGUUCACCCAGCUGUUGUUGUCAAUGUGAUUCUUUCUGGAUAAUGUAUUUUCUAUGACAAAUAAAUCACAGUGUGAAAAACCCAGUGUUAUCUUUGUAAAGGAAUAACACAUUGGGUUGUAACUACAUACAGUUCGUCAGUCAGAUGCAAGCAGGGGUAAAAAUUACAAUGAUCUAAAUACUGACACUAAUGUGAAAGGUCUAUCGUUACAGUACUCUCCCUCUCCCCAG